AUGGCAACAAGAACUCUCAGAAUUGGUCUCAUCCCCGGCGAUGGCAUCGGCAAGGAAGUCAUCCCCGCCGGCCGGCGCCUCCUCGAGGCCCUGCCCGCCUCGCUCGGCCUGAAGUUCGAGUUUGUCGACCUCGAGGCCGGCUGGGAGACGUUCGAGAAGCAAGGCGUAGCUCUGCCGGAGAAGACAGUCUCCGUCCUCAAGUCCGAAUGCGACGGCGCACUAUUCGGCGCCGUCAGCUCCCCGACGACAGCCGUCAAGGGCUACUCGUCGCCCAUCGUCGCCCUGCGCAAGAAGCUGGACCUGUACGCCAACGUGCGGCCCGUCAAGACGGUCGUGUCGGCCCCCAAGCCCAUCGACAUGGUCAUCGUGCGCGAGAACACCGAAGACCUUUACGUCAAGGAGGAAACCACCCGCGACACCGCGGAGGGCAAGGUCGCCGAGGCCAUCAAGCGCAUCUCGCAGCGCGCCAGCAGCCGCAUUGCCACCAUCGCGGGCGAGAUCGCGCUGCGCCGCCAAAAGAUCCGCGCCGGCGGCUCGCCCAGCAUCCACACCGGCCCGCUCGUCACCAUCACGCACAAGUCCAACGUGCUGUCGCAGACGGAUGGCCUGUUCCGGUCGACGGCGCGCGAGGCGCUCGCGGCGCCGGCCUUUGCCGGGCGCGUCGCUGUCGAGGAGCAGAUCGUUGACUCCAUGGUGUACAAGCUGUUCCGGCAGCCCGAGGCCUAUGAUGUCAUUGUCGCCCCCAACCUAUACGGCGACAUCCUGUCGGACGGCGCCGCGGCGCUCGUCGGCUCGCUGGGCCUCGUCCCCAGCGCCAAUGUUGGCGAGGGCUUCGCCAUCGGCGAGCCGUGCCACGGCAGCGCCCCGGAUAUCCAGGGCCAGGGCAUCUCGAACCCGAUCGCCACCCUCCGCAGCGCCGCGCUGAUGCUGGAGUUCUUGAACGAGGAGGCUGCUGCUGCCAAGAUCUAUGCUGCUGUGGAUGGCAACCUGGAGGACGGAAAGCUGCUCAGCCCGGAUCUGGGCGGUACCGCCAAGACGGAGGAGGUUGUCCAGGACAUCCUCCGCCGGUUGUAA